AUGGCGAUGGUGGCACGUGCGGUGGCAGUGUUAGCCGUAGCAAGACCGUCGGCGGUGUUAACCGGUUACGGAAAAACUCAAAGGCUUCUAAAAUUCAAACCUUUAUGUAGUUCAUCUACACCUUCUUCUAGAAAACUGGUCCUUUACUCAAAACCUGGUUGCUGUUUGUGCGAUGGUCUCAAAGAGAAGCUCCAAGCUGCAUUCUUGCUCUCUGGUCCUCAAUCCCUUACCGACGUCGAUUUACAGAUAAGAGAUAUAACCAGCAAUCCGGAGUGGGAAAAAGCUUAUCAAUACGAGAUACCCGUGUUGGCUAAAGUGCUCUCUGAUGGCACCGAGGAAACUUUACCGCGUUUGUCUCCUCGUUUAGGAGUGGAGCUCCUACAGAAGAAGAUAGCUGCUGCCCUGGGAGAGCAAUAG